AUGGGGACCCUGGGCUGCUGCCUGCUGCUCGCCCUGGCCCUGCUGGAGCCCCGCCACGCUGCGUCCAGGAAGUGUGACCUGCAGGGCCUAUGGAGGAAUGAGCUGGGCUCCAAUAUGACUGUCUUGGCUCUGAACACGGCUGGGACCUUCUCGGGCUCCUACCACACUGCAGUGGCAGCCACCAACAAGCAGAUCCUGGUGUCACCCCUGCAAGGAGUGCAGCAGCACCCUGGUGCCAAGAGACAGCCCACCUUUGGCUUCACUGUGCACUGGCAGUUCUCAGACUCCACCACUGCYUUUGUGGGGCAGUGCUUUGUGGAUCACCGUGGGAAGGAGACCCUGGAGACCACGUGGCUCCUGCGAGAAGAGGUCCCAUCCCUCAAGGACACCUGGAAAGCCACCAGGGUUGGCACUUCCACCUUCACCCGUGUCAAAUGAUGGGAACAGGGACCAGAGCUGCCCACACCCUGCUGUCCUGCAUGUCCAACUCUCUCCACUGCCCCAGUYCCAGCUCGCUCUCCUGGCGAGCAAACACACCCUCACCUUGCCCUGCUUCUCCCAGUGCCUCCCAGCAACCUGCUGGUGCGGCUCCCCCUUCCCACACUUGCUACACUCACACUUGGAGCCAAAUAAAACCUUC